UGAUGAAAAGAUAAAUGUUGACAGCUUCCUUUGCUACAGAGAAAUGUAUGCACUUGAAAAUCUAGAGCAACUCCAGGACAGGGAGGAAUCCAGAGACAGGGUCACAUUUAAAAAUGAGGCUGUGAAGACUGUCAGGAAAAUCUUACAGCUUAAACAGCAGAAAGACAGGCUGCUACAACAGGAAAAUGAACUUGAUACACAGAUAGAAGAAGCUGAGUUAAGAAAGCAUCAGUGUCAGAAAAGAAGAAACAGUAAAAAGUAUCAGGAGGCAUUGUCCAAACAAAACAGUCUUCAGCAACUGCUGGACUGCUACAGACUAACAGGUGUAUCCUUGCAUUCUCAGGAGAAGAAAUCCUUUGUCCUGUGUUUUGAUAAUAAUCUCAGAUCCAAAUUUUACGAAUCUUACUAUGUAGAAUUACUGAAGCGUGAUAACGAUACUUUAGAACUAAAACACCACAGUUUACCAAAGUUUCUGCCGGUGACCAGUUUGGCUGAAAAGUAUCUGAAGGAUGACCUUCCAAAAUUUGUAACAAAGGUCAGCGAUUAUCUGUAUGCUUACGUCACAAGACGAGAGGAAGUUGUUCAUGUACAGGGUUGGAUCCAAGAAAAGAACAAACUACAGGUGACAAUGACUGAUGCUGUGGACUUUGUACAGUUAUCCUUAGGAGAACUAACGUCUCAUUUGUCCAUCAAGGUGACCUUGACCUAUCAGGAUCUACUUGAUGUCAGGCCAACACGAGUAACCUUCCAUACCUUCAUAGAUGAUGGGAUGGAUUUGCCAGAAUGUCUUAAGCUAGAAGGUCUUGAAGUGGAAGCAGCACUUAAAAAUGUUCCCUCUUUCGCAGGCCAUGAAACCCAUCAUUGAGGCAUUCAAGUUUGUUGAGCUUGAUAAUGAGGAGAGGGAGGAAGAAAACAGCUCCUGAUAAUGAAAUCAGAAAUCAGUCAGUGUUUUGGUUAAACUGACACUUGUGAAGUAACAAACAAUAGUCAGAAUUCAAAGUUUCAAGACUAUACAUCAUUAUAACAGAUAUUGUGAUAGUCAGAAUUCAGAGAUCAGUGAUGGAUGUUGUAAAUGUGCUAUAUCAAUAUUAGUUGAACUAUAUAAUGAUAAAGGAUAUGGCAAAUUAAUUCUGCUUGCCUUCUCAAAUACCACUUAAUCUUGUUUAUGGAUUGUUUUGCUGAUGGAACUGUUAGAAGAUGCUGUAAAACCAGUAUAAAAUAUUGUUUUGUAGUGCAAUACAAAAAUGAAAUGCAUUAAAAGUAAAAAAAAAAACAAACAAAAAAACAGAGUCAUUUGACAGAUAAAUAGAAAAUGAGUUAAUGAUGAAUUGUAUUAAUUGUUGUAUGAUAUGUCAAAAGAUUUUACUGUUGGUAAAUCAGUCAUAGAAAACAGACAUUAGUCAAACAAAAACAUAAUGAAGCAUGUC